AUGGUGAAGCCAAUUGCGCAGGAGCCCGAGAGCAAGCUGCUGCUCAACAUGGUCUUUGAUCCCUUAUUGCUCCGGACAAUCAGCCGUCGCGGCGAGCUCCAGAUCCAGCUCCACCUGCUCUACGGCUGGCUCAAAUUCUCCCCGCCAAAUACCUUGCCAUCCACCGGCCAGCCCCAGCGCAAUGCUCUCUCUCAACUGUCCUGCCCAUCGCCCCCCAACCAUGUCUUUCUUGGCCCUGAGGCCGCCUGA